UCGUUCCAAAGCAAUAUUUGCAGCAUUCUUCAAGCCCACUCUUCUUGCUCAGGGGCAACAAUCUGUUGUCUUGUUGUUCCGGCGGGAAUGAGCAGCAACACGGUCAAAUCUUGCUUUUUGUGCACUACUACAAAGUACGAAUUGACUUGUGAGAUCAUUUGGCAACAUAUUAAGUUUUUUAAGGAAGUUGAGCGUUUAGAAGGGAAAAACGGAAUGUCAGGUGUUUGUCUGAUUAAAAACAAGUUAAUGUUGAGAAGUUAGGACGUUUGAAGCAUCUUAUGUGGUGGAAGCGUCUUACAAGCCUUUUACAAAGCUUCCCGUGCAAGAAUCAGCAUCUGGUCAUGAAGAGGGUGGUCUCAUUCCGCCGGAGCGAGGGGCAGAAGGGAACGUGGCCGAGUUUGUGCACUGAUGACGGAAGGUCAAUAACCCGCAGCCUCUUGUCUCCUCUGCGUUCGGGGAUUCAGCAGAAAGACCGGCCUCAGGAGAUGAAGUCACAUAAUCCACGAUCCCCACCCAAGGUUGUUGCAGUGCUGUUUGGAUACUCUCAGAAAGAAGUAUUAUGUACACACUUUGUCAACGGAACCCACUGGAGAUCAAAUCUGUGCCAAUCUCACACCAAAGUGACUCCCAGAAACGACUUUAAUAAUCAUAACGGAUAGAUAAAAAAUGGGCUGCUUCACGUUGGUCAAAGGGAUGAUGGUCUUCUUCAACUUGCUGAUUAUUCUGGGGGGUCUGACCUUGCUGGCCAUGGGAAUCUGGGCCAGUGUGGACGAGGGGACCUACCUUCAGCUGCUGGACCCUUUCUCCAGCCGUGGCCUGCAGCAAGUCAACAUUGGCUUUUUCUGCAUCGCCCUCGGAGCCUUUCUCUUCGUGCUGGGCGUGCUGGGCUGCUGCGGCGCUGGCAAGGAGAGCAAAUGUCUGCUGCUCACGUUCUUCUCCAUCAUCCUGGUGCUUUUCAUCGCUGAGCUGGCAGCUGCUGUCGUCGCUCUGACCUAUUCCUCAUUUGCGGAGGAGAUCCUGCGAGCGUGGGCGACGCCUUCCCUACAGGAUUAUGGAAGUGAUCCUGUGCUCAGCAACAUGUGGAACGACACCAUGAGCGAGCUGAAGUGCUGCGGUUUCACCAACUACACAGACUUUGUGGGCUCCCACUUUGAAAAGGCAAAUGCUGGCAAUUUACCACCAACCUGCUGCCUUGCUGACGUCUUCCCCUGCAGCCAGGAUGAAGCCAAGGAAAGUUCUGUUGAGGGUUGUUUUCAACUAAUCCUGAAGUUGCUCAAAGAGAACGCAAACAUUGUGGGAGGCAUUGCAGCGGGAAUUGGUGUCUUGGAGAUCACGGCCAUGGUCGUGUCAAUGUACUUGUACUGUCACCUGGACAAAAGAGUCAGCUGAGAAGGCAACAGAAGAAACUGUUAAAUAAUAUAUUCAAUAUACAUAGUACAGU